CUGAAAGCGGGCGAAAGCUGAGGUGUUGCUAGAAACAAUGCAGUACUAAUUAAAAAAGACAUUUGAGUUUUACAAGUAAAUAAUAAAAAAACACAAUAUUUAUUUAGAUAGCUUAAUGUUUAAGUGCACAGACAAUUAAUAGUUACGGAAUAUGGAUAUGGCCAGAAGCAUUUUUGGUCGAGACCACGAGGGUUACGUGGGCCGUGAAGAACAUACGCGUAAAAUGCAGACCUUGAGCACUGACGAUGAUGUAGGUGAGCUGCCAGUCAUGAUGGAAGAACUGAGUGUCGCAGAUGGCUUGCGUCCAAGUCCUGGUGGACCCUUUUCAGCCUUGACGCCUUCAAUGUGGCCACAGGAACUGCUCGCUAAGCUGGGUGGCGAAUCGGAACUGGCUGCAGCGGGGCCCAACGACCAGCCCGACUACCGAUUCGAUGAGUUCGGCUUUCGCGUUGAGGAAGAGGAUGGCCCCGAACAAAGCUCAAAUAAACUGCUCAGCAUACCUUUUGUGGAAGAUGCACAGCAACGGUUGCAGUGGAUCGCACACCUCGAGUUUGCCCACAACAAGGAAAUCAACGAACUGAGCUGGGAGCAUGUCGACCAACUAUUGCAACGCACCGAAAAGCUUCGCAAAAUGGUGCAGAAUGGCAUUCCACACAGUCUGCGGCCACAAAUGUGGAUGCGACUAUCCGGUGCGCUCUCCAAAAAGCAAAAAAGCGAAACUAGCUAUCAGGAAAUAGUCAAGGCUUCCAGCAACGAUCAGUUAAUGACUUCGAAGCAAAUUGAAAAGGAUCUACURCGUAUCCUGCCCACAAAUGCGUGCUUUAGUCAUCCAAACGGAACGGGCAUUCCACGAUUGCGUCGCAUCCUGCGCGGCAUUGCGUGGCUUUUUCCGGACAUAGGUUACUGCCAGGGCACCGGAGUUAUUGUUGCCUGCCUGCUGCUGUUCAUGGAGGAGGAGAAUGCAUUUUGGAUGAUGGUCACUAUUGUUGAGGAUCUCCUCCCGGCAUCGUACUACAGCUCAACAUUGCUUGGCAUUCAAGCGGAUCAGCGUGUGAUGCAAACAUUAAUAGCCAACUACUUAUCCAGCGUGGAUGAUACGCUCAAGCGUCACGACAUCGAUCUGUCGUUAAUAACACUUCACUGGUUCCUUACCCUGUUCGCGAAUGUGGUGCAUAUGAAGAUAUUGGUGCGGAUUUGGGACUGGUUCUUUUACGAGGGCUCCAUUGUACUAUUCCAGCUGACGCUCGGUAUGCUAAAAGUGAAGGAACAGGAUCUYAAGCAUCUGGAAAACUCUGCCCAAAUCUUUAAUUCGCUCUCAAUGUGCUGCGAAGUGGAUGACGUAGAAGUGCUGUUCCGGCAAGCUCUCGAAGUGGGUGGCUCGUUGAGCCAGACCGUAAUCGACACGCAUCGGCGUCGUCAUCUGGCCUAUUUGAUGGCAGAUCAGGGUCAUCAGAUAGGCAAUCCAGAGGUGGCAGCCAAUUUGCCUAAGCAGCAUCUGUCCAGGCGGCAAGUGCGGAAAAGUAAAUCCAUACUAGAAGCAUUUCUAUUUCGCGGCGACCCUGAAUCAGAUCAACUGAAAAACAAAAACAUACGCCAGACCGAAAUACUAGUAGAUCUGCGCGAAGCAAUCCUGAAGGUGGGUCGUCACUUCAUCACYAUCGAACCAAAACUGGCAGGACAUAUUCAACUAACGGCAAACUACAGCAGCGAAUCCCAUGCCAAGGAUCACGAGAACUUCAUUAAUGUUGCUCGCACACGUAAGCGCCGGGCUAAGGCUUUGCAUGACUUUGAGCGGCAUGAUGACGAUGAGCUGGGCUUCAGGCGGAACGAUAUAAUCACCAUCAUCAGCCAGAAGGACGAGCAUUGCUGGGUGGGAGAGCUAAAUGGACUGCGUGGCUGGUUUCCAGCGAAGUUCGUGCAGCUGCUGGAUGAACGCAGCAAGCUGUAUACCUCUGCUGGCGAUGAUGCUAUCUCGGAAACGGUUACAGAUCUUGUCCGUGGUACUCUGGCACCAGCUAUUAAAGCAUUCCUCGAACAUGGCAUGAAGCGACCCACAUUCCUAGGGGGUCCAAUACAUCCGUGGCUGUUCAUUGAAGAAGUUUCCUCCCUGGAGGUGGAAAAGGAUUUUAAGUCUGUGUACAGCCGUUUGGUUCUCUGUAAAACGUAUCGCCUUGAUGAAGAUGGCAAGGUGUUGACACCCGAGGAAUUGCUCUAUCGCUGCGUGCAAGCGGUCAAUCAAUCACAUGACAAUGCACAUGCCCAAAUGGAUGUCAAACUGCGCUCCCUCAUCUGUUUAGGCCUCAACGAGCAGGUUCUACAUCUGUGGCUAGAGGUGCUCUGCGCGUGUCAGGAGGUUGUGCAGAAGUGGUAUCACUCCUGGAGUUUCAUAGAUUCGCCAGGUUGGGUGCAAAUUAAAUGCGAAUUGCGCAUACUCUCACAGUUUGCCUUUAAUCUAAACCCCGACUGGGAGUUGCCACCAAAGCGCGGCAAGGAAUCGCAGCCACUUAAAGAUGGUGUGCGCGACAUGCUUGUUAAGCAUCAUUUAUUCUCUUGGGACCUAUGAAUCCGGCUGAUCUGAGGAAAUACGUUGCAUAGCUUUCUACAUCCUUUUUAUAUAAAUUUGCAUAGCGCUCUUCAUUAAGUAUGUACAAUCAUGCACGUUGCCUAAACC